GAGUUGCAGAGCAUGGAGAGAGGCGGUGCACGAGCCAAGUGGCAGCAGGGCUCGUGUCACAAGUGCGAGCGAUGGAUGCAAAGUCUCAUCAGCUUCAGAACGAUCGGCACUCGAAAUUGUGAUCCGUUUCGUCUCCUCUCGCCGAUUUGAUUUCGAAAGUGCUUCGACGCAUGCGAAGAACAUUGCGGUGCGGCCGAUGAGCUUUCGUCUGGUGGAUGAUGCCGCGGAGAGCUCGACCUUGUUUUUUGGUGCAGCAAGUGAAAUUUCAUCUGGAGAUGCAUGGACGGGAUUUUCCAGAAUUAUAGAUUUUCAGAGAAUCAGAGAGACAAGCAGUUGAUAGUGAAGCGAUUGUGUUGUAGCUACAGAUUCAGGGAACAACGUUGACAAUCAUCAUCCCAACAGGACUGAAUUUAGCGAUAAAAAACAUGGACCAGGUCUCCUACAUUGGUGACCAAUUUUCUGCCGUCACCGCACCUUACGUGGCCAUGGUCGGUGCAGGCGAAGGACGGAGUUUUUGGGUUUUCGGAAUCCUUGUAACGAUGAAGGUUUUUGGAGAUCAAACAAGAGGUUCUUAUGCUUGUUUCGAAAACACUGUAAGUCCAGGAGUGGCACCACCGCUGCACAUUCAUACACAUGAAGCCGAGACUUGGUACUUGCUUGACGGCGAGAUGAUAUGGACAGUUGGCCGUCAGACAUUUCACGCCCGCAAAGGAUCAUUCAUGCAUCUACCUCCCUACGUCGCUCAUACAUUUGCCAACAAUUUUGACAAACCUGCGCAGAUGCUGCUCACAUUUGCUCCAUCAGGGUUCGAGAAGUGGUUCACUCGAAUCGGGGUCCCUGUGAUGAACUCCUCAGCUCCAGGUGAUCCUCCUCUGACGAGCGGGCAAGAUUUGAAGAUAGCCCAAAAUUUAGCUGGAGAUUAUGGCGUCAUUUUCGCAGGUCCUUCACUUGAUGCUAACGGUGAACUCAAAUUAGAAUUCAGUUAGAUGAAUGUACAGUAUUGAGAAUUGUACAGAGUAACGUAUUAUGAUUAGCAAAGUCUUACUGAAUGACACGAAUGGAAAUCAAAUACGACCUUUAAGGAGCGAGUCGAACUGUCAGGGUGAAAGUGCGUCUGUCCAGAAACAUAUAAGCAGUUGUAUAUUCAGAGUCUCGAGUAGUAAUUUGUUAAAUUCAUCAAUGUACAUUUUUCAUUAAAGUCUCUCAUCCCAGAGGGAAGGCGAGUCAUCGGUUCCUU